AUGCCUCCGACUCCUCCACUGGAGUCCUCGAGCGCGCUCGGCGCAAGCUUUGGGGGCACCGACAAGCCCCCAGGUCCAGCAGACCCCUAUUCUGGAAGUCAGAUCAUGCCUGGAGCUGGUAUGAGUCCCGGAGAGCCGGAGCCAGAGGAAGGAUUCAGUCUUGAAGAGGGUCAAGCACGAUCUAAAGAAAUUGAUGAGAACCUGACCUGGGAGGGGAUGCCCAAGAUUGGUUUCCUCAAGGAGAAAGAAUGGCGUCUUCAGGGUUCGAAAAGGAAAGCCGACAGAGUCAAACCGUGGUACCACAACCCACGGCCUUUACCGUAUAUGCAGGCUGCGCAUCAAGCUGCCGUGGAGAUUGGUUUGAUGCAAAUGUUGGGGGACAAGGUCACUGUUGCUAGCAAACCGCACACCAGCCAAGAGCUCCAAGCCCAGCUCAAGUCGGUUAAGAUCGAAGGUCAGUCAGGCAACUGGGGCGAACGUCUCCGUUUCCCCGACAUUGAAACAAUGGAAUCCCUUCUACGCGAUGCGGCAGGGCCUAUGGACGGCGAAGCCGGUGAAAUCGCUUUCCAGCAGAAAUUGAAGAAGAUUGCUAGCGAGCAGGAAAGUCGCCUGUAUAGCGCAGAGUCCAAGGGCCAGAUGCAGAAACGCCUCGGUUCCCUGUCGCUGGCUGAUGGAAACAUCAAGUUUGUUUUCUUCGCCCGCCUCUCCAAAUUGAUGUCUCAGCACAUUCCUGACUACAUCGUCACCUCUUCCGCUACCACCGGAGAUGUCUUCCGCGCACAGGAGGCACUUCGCAAAAAGACUACCAGAUUGACGCCUGUGCUUCUCCAUAAGAUUAUGGACAAUAACGGUGCCACUGAGCUGCCUAACGUCAAGAUUGUUGACGUCCGCCAGACUCGCCACGACAACGAUGAAGAUCUUGGCCGCAAGAAGGCUAUUGUUUCUGCCCUGUACAAGGAUGGUUUGAUCACCAAGAGCCUGGGCCAGAAACUCCCGCCCUGGAAGCAGGCUAAGAAGACCGAGCUGAAUGCCUAG